UUUCUUUUUUCUUUCUUUCUUUCUUUCUUUCUUUGUCUUUUUCUUUCAUUGGCUACCUAAUAAUUUUCUUUCUUUUCUUUCUUAAAUAUUCUUUCUUUCUUUCUUUCUUUCUUUCUUUCUUUCUUUCUUUCUUUCUUUCUUUCGCUUUCUUUCUUUCUUCAUUCCUUCAUUCCUUCAUGUCUUUCUUGUUCUUGAGUUUGUUCUUACUUGCUCUCUUACUUGUGAAUGAUGCCUGUUCUCCCUCUUGGAGACGCGCACAUCAGAUCGCACCGGCCCUGCGCAGUCUUGCCUCUGUACAGUAUCGUGACGUCGCGUUUUGAAGCUGGAGGAGCGACGCUUGCCCGCCCGCGCGCGUCAAGAGACGUCCAGACGGUUCAUUAGGCGAUAGAGGGGCAUCAGAAGCAGGUACAGUGCCAUGAUAUAUCACAUGACUGUACGGCCACAGCAGCAUCAAAUGCGAAGUUAGAUAUGUGCAGCCCGUUGCGGAACUGUAAUGCACUGUACGUACUGUACUGUAGAUCAGAGCGCAGUUUAAAAUAUACAUAACUCAGCAAAAGACAACUACACACACACCGCUGCUGUUCUGAAAAAGGAGCUAAUCAUGAGCUGGUGGAUGUAACCUUGCUCCAUGAGUGCUAUGAAUGAUUCCCUGGACAAGUCACACACCUCUGGCAGCCUCGGGGAGAAUGCGGCCGUAUUUCGGGGAGUGAGAGACAGCGGGAACCUCGAGUCGGCCUUCAUCCCACUACGCACCCCCUUGCAGCCACCUAAUGCUCCAUACAGUCAGACAACUCCUGCUGUCUCUACGCUUUUCAAGGGGAAUAGGCAAAUUAGAGAGGAGAAGGAAACCCAAGUGGGACCUGCCCCAAACCCCUUCUCAGAGCUGCUGCCAUCCCCUUUCUCUUUAGUGUCUGAGUGUCUGUUACCCUGGACCAAAAACAUCACAACUCAGGUAAUUAAAGUGUACAGUGAAGACAACACCAGCCGUACUGUGGAGGUGCCAACUGACAUCACCGCCCGGGACAUCUGCCAGCAGUUUAUACUGAAGAAUCACUGUAUUGAUGACCACAGCUGGACUCUGUUUGAGCAGUUGCCUCAUCUGGGCAUCGAGAGAACUAUAGAAGACCAUGAGUUAGUUAUUGAGGUGCAGUCGAGCUGGGGCAUGGACUCAAGCAGCUGCCUGUACUUCAGGAAGAAUCACGCCAAAUAUGAGUUCUUCAAAAAGCCCCUUGAUUUUUUCCCAGAGCACAUGGUGUCUAUAUCGAGUGAAACCAACGGAAUCAUGAACCAAUCUCAACUUAUACAGACCUUUCUCAGUUCCAGCUCUUGUCCUGAGAUUCACGGGUUCCUUCACGCCAAAGAGCAUGGCAGGAAAUCAUGGAAGAAGUUCUACUUUGUGUUAAGAAGAUCAGGAUUGUACUUCUCUAACAAGGGCAUGUCCAAGGAACCAAGGCACCUGCAGUUCAUUGCAGAGUUUAGCGACAGUGAUGUCUACACGUUAUUAUCCGCAAGAAAAGUUUAUGGUGCCCCGACAGACUAUGGCUUCAGUGUGAAGGCAAGUAAGUCGAAUGCCGCACGUGACCUGAAACUGUUGUGUGCAGAUGAUGAGCAAACGAGGACGUGUUGGGUUACAGCCAUGCGCCUCUUUAAGUAUGGCGUGCAGCUUUACCAGAACUUCAGUCAGCCCUAUCAGAAAAGUUCUCCAAUGAGAAGGGUCUCUGAGAACUCUUUGGUGGCGAUGGAUUUCUCAGGGCAUGAGACUCGGGUGAUUGAGAACCCUUCAGAGGCGUUAUCAGUGGCUGUGGAAGAAGGCCUGUCCUGGAGGAGGAAAAGCUAUCACAGACUGAGUUCACAUGGCAGUCCAUCCACAACUCAGAGCUCUAUGUGUAACAUAGCGAUCCAUGUGGCUCAGCCGUGGUUUCACAGCAAACUGUCUCGAGAAGAAGCUCAGAAAUUAAUCGGUCAGCAAGGCCUCAUCGAUGGGGUUUUUCUUGUCAGGGACAGUCAAAGUAACCCGAGGACGUUUGUUCUGUCACUGUGCCAUACGCAGAAAAUCAAACACUUUCAAAUCGUACCAGUUGAAGAUAACUGCGAGCUCUUCUACAGUCUGGACGAUGGAAACACGCGGUUUACUGACCUGCUGCAACUAGUUGAAUUUUACCAGGUAAACAAAGGCAUUCUGCCCUGCAAGCUGAGACAUCACUGUGCCCGAAUCACCCUCUGAACCACAGCGUGCCCUAGUGGCUGCUACAGGCCUCUGCAAUGCACUGCGCACUCAUGCGCCUUAAACACGCAGGGGACAUUUUGGACAUCAGCUUGUGCCUUGGACAGGAAACCCAGCGACUUUGUACAUUAUAGUUUCACUGUCCACAUUAAAGACAGAACUUAUAGACUUCAGAUGUGGAUGUUUGCUAAUUUACGGAGGAUUCAUGAAAGACUGGUGCUGUUUGUUGGAUGUGGUUCGAUUUUAGUGUUACUAAAGAGACAUGGACGUUUUAAGACCCUAUUAUUCAUGGAGGGCUAAAUGUUUUGGGGUUUAAUGUAGAUUGGAAUGUAAAAUGUACAUUUUGCAGCUACUAUAUCCUGAUACAAACUCUCUCUGUGUGGAUGAGUCGGAACCACCUUAUUAAGCCAUCAAUAGUAGCUAAUUUUUUUAUGGCUGAUCGUGCAGGUCUCUGUACAGUGUGAACAAUCGGAUAAACAUGGUCUAGCCAUAAUCAAAACACAAAAUAAGCUGAAACUGUUGCUGUUUUUCCAGGGGUUAUAUUUCUGGAGGACCUGGCAACCCUCCGUUUUUGUGUGUACAGGGUGAAAAUGUUUCUUGUAUCCUUUGUAUUCUUUUAAUCAUGUGUCCAAGAAAAUUCAGGUACUUUGUGAACAACAUGAGAGUUUGUUACAAGAAAUGUUCACUGUUGAGAAUCUAUAUUCGUGCAUGCUGUAGAUGUCGAUUGUCGUGGGCGACCCGUCACUUGCAGCCUGAUAUCAUGAAAAUUACGUGACUGGAGAAAUUUUUGCAAAAUGAUUUCAACAUGGUUCUUUACACGUAUCGCCGUAGUUCCUAGGUGAAAUGUCCACUGUUAGGUGCUAAAAGCGAGUUAAAUGUUCUCCGAUACAGAUGGGGCUUUUAAGGUUAAUGCUCUAAUGCAUUUUAAAUCAACGAAACCGACCUCCCUACCCUAAACCUUAAACCUAAACCUAACCGAUAGUGUGAGAAAUGGUAAACGCGAGAUGAAAAACACAACCACACCAUUUGUGGUGCUUCUAUGACACUUUCGGCUCACGUGUCGACUCGUGUGCUCUUCAGGACUUGUACCCUCGCAUCGCAGUUGAGCUACCGCGUAAUUCGAUCGCACUCGAACAAGCUUGCAAACGCAGUUGGUUAUGUAAAGCAAACGUUAAAAUGUAAAAUGUGUUUAUGAACUGAUAAUCUGCCGUUUUACUCGUGAUGUGUGAAAGGAGAUAAAAGACGUUGUUGUUGUUGUUGUUGCACCUAAGCAUCUAUUUCACCAGGAAACUGCUGUAGUACUUACAACGAGCCACGUAAAAAUCAUUUUGCAAAAAUGUAGGUAUAGUAACGUGAUUUAACAACACCAGUUUGAAUACUUGACAUUAGCCUCUGCUCUACCACACCUUGGAAUGUAUUAUUUCCUCCCAAUGACAACGACAUGCAUGUUCCUGUGAUUCAUGUGGUUUACACUGAACAGCAAAAAUCAUGUCACUUAUUAAUGAUUAUAGAUCUCACAAUUGUUGUACAUUGAAACUGAUUUUUCAUAGACGCAAUGCAGAAUUCAGGUAAACAGUGUUGCACACGUAAUACGGUAUGUUUUUAAUAGUACAACGAUCAAAACUGUCGCAGAAAUGUGCUGCAUAUGCAGUUUUUACAGGAGACACAUCCUUUUUCAGGAUACACACAUGCAUAGUUAAUAUGAAAACUGAUAACCAGCGUUUUUUUUUUUUUGUUGUUAAAAGCCAAUGUAACGGUACAAUAACAAAGAUAAAGAAUAAAACAUUUAUACAACAAAUUACUAAAAAGUCAGAAUAAAUGUCUUGUGCAUUAAGGCACUUACCAUGAGAAGGGUACAAUUUGGUGGCCCAUUUCUCUUUUUAAAGCAUUAUAGGACACAAAUCCCAUGUUUUUUUUUUUUGUUUUUUUUUUUUGAGAACUUUAGGAACUAUUAUCUAACACAGAGGUGCCCAAAAUUUUUCCUAUGAAGCGGCGAAAAUCAAACUUGACUGAGGGCCGCGGGCCGAAAGUAAAUGUUGCGUUAUAUCAAACUGUAUUAUAUUAAAAUAUAAAAGUUGCCCUGGUUUCCCUCCUUUAUGAUUUUAUAAUAUAUAUAUAUAUAUAUAUAUAUAUAUAUAUAUAUAUAUAUAAAAAUAUUACUCUGCAAUCAACUUAACUAAUGCAAUGAAGAGCUGCGUCAAUGGACUUUUUAUUUAUUUUAUUUUUUUUUUAUGUUUUUUUUUCUUGUUAUAUGUUGCCGCAAGGCGGGCCAAAUCAAAGUUCAUCACGAUCCAAUUUUUGGCCCAUGGGCCCUAGUUUGGGCAUAUUUGAUCUGACAUAAUAUUAACAUUCAACUGUACAACCUCCAUCCCACCCCACUUUAAAUUUUACACAAAUUGUAAUUUCAACUCCAAGCUCAAACAUAAGCUAUAGUUAGAAAACGUAUCAAACAAAUGUAUUUUCUUUCUUUAAUUUAUGGGAAAUAUUUGUUUAUUUUAUUCUUUCUUUAAUUUGCGGAAAAUAUUAAUUUAAUUAAUAACUUUAAACUAACAUUUUGGCACCAAAAGUAAGUAGUUAAUAAAAGUAAGUAUUUACCAAAGUGUUUAGGUAACAGGGUGGCAAAAAUUGCAAACUUAUUAUGUUAUUUCAUUUUAUCUCCUGAGGGUUGGCUGUUAACAUUUUCUGAAAGUUAAGCAUUUCCAUUCACUGAUCCAUUGCUGAAAAACAACAAAUAGCUACAUUUGAAAGCAUUUCAGACUCUUAUUUUGUACCCUAUUUGUGGAAAGUGCCGUAUCAGAACUGCACAUUUAUCACGGGCUGCAAUGUGUUUUUUUUUUUUUUUUAAACAAGAAAGAAAUGUUGCUGUGUUUUCUGAGUCCUCUUUCAUCUUUUCUGUGUAUGUUUCUCAUAGAGUGACUUGUAAAAUGAACACAAUAUUAUCAUAUUGUUUUACAGCUGUGUAUUUAAACAAAAAAGAGUAAAAUUUCACAUGGCCAAGGUCAUAAUUGCACUGUAGUUGGAACACUGGUAACUUUUUAUUUCAAUUGUUUAUGCUUUGAUAAUCUAGUGUGAUAAGAUUCCUGUUUCUCUGACUGUUAGUUUUAUUUUAUUUUUUUAAUGAUAUUUAGGUCUGUUAUUGCUCUCAUAUCCCUUCUAGUCAGACAUAACCCGUAUUUUUCUACAGCUGUCUGAAUGUUGAAGUGCAUGUGAACCAUGCAUAUAACCAUGAUUAUGUAAUUUUUGUUAUAUAAAACACACCCUUUCCGCUUAUUUCUUCAUCAUUUCCACUAUACUAUACGGGUCAAUCUCACAAACAUGUCAAUAACAUGUUUACCCCAAAAUUAAGAUAAAUGAUAUUAGAAAUUCUAUUUUACAUUAAGCCAAUUAAGCUUAUAAUUGUAUUUUUGAACUGUGACAUUAUUUUCCUGAAAAUUAAGCUGUUAUUCUCAUUGCCGUAAUGUGAAAAAAUCUCAUAACUGUAAUUAAAAAAAAAGAUAGAAUAUUUGUUAAAGAAAAGUAGGUGGUAGUAUUUUUUUGUACUGCCUUAAAAUGUUUUACAGUAAUUUUUUACUGUAUUACUAGUAGUGACAAUCUUAAAUAAAUAAAAGCUUCAUUUUCCGUAUGCAAAAUAUAAUUCAUUGUUGUUGUUAUUUGUUUUUUGUGGGGUGAAAUAUGACCCAGACAUGUUUUUGACAGGUUUCAUGAAAUUCACCCAUACAGAUGAAUGAAUUGUCCGUUGAUUUAAUACAUCAGAUGUGUUUCUGAUAGAUACUCUAAUUGUAUAACGGUGUGAAAACCACAGAACUGUGUGAGCAAUCCACAGUUCAGUUUCAUGCAUAUCUACAUCAUAGAGUAAAAUCAAAAGCGAAUACUGUAUCAGAUCAAAUGACUUACUGUGUACUGAAUAUAAUGUACUGAGUAAAUCCACUCACUAUUUUCAUCUUCAUUUUUUCAUACUAAAUAUAAAAAGUUUUUUGUACUUAUGUUAUUAUUCUGUGUAAAUUGAAUCUCACUCUCCCCUUUCAUUUCCUGUACGUUUUAAUGACACUGACAGCAAAUAAACUUGAAACACCUUGUU